AUGUCCGACUUGGCACUCGGUCGUAUCGCCAAUCUCAUCAAGGGCGAAGAUGAUCUUUCAAAACUCGGGGUGCUUCGUGAGCAAUUCGUUAAGGAAAAGCAAGCUUUGGAUCGACAAGUUCUGCUGGCGACAGAAUCACAAAUCGACUCAAUUAUGACAAACCUCAAAAAUCUCAAUAUCGCCGUGACCAAACUUAACAGCAUCAAGGGCAAUAUUGGCAAAGUCAACACGAUAUAUGAAGAGCUGGUUGAUAAGAUGAAAGAUUAUGACACGAUCAAGAAAAUGUCUGGAGUCAAUCAAUUUCUCAGUCAGGUCAGUGAUCUAUAUGUCGAUAUCCUGAGGUUUCGAGAGUAUUUGGAUGAAUUGAACGGCAUUAUAGAGAAGGAAUUUCUGAUCAUCAGCGAAGACAUCAAGUACACCUUACCCAACUUUUUAUUGAUCCACUACUCUGUCACGCAAGCGAGAAACUUUCUGGAUUACCUUGUUCUCGAUCUGGGUCUUUCUGAUGACUUUAAGCUGAUUGUUCAGCGAAUUAUUCAACCGAUGAAAACAACAAUCGCUCAAUUCGAUAAACUUUUAGGGGAAAUUAUUGUGUCAUUGACUGAGGCGGCGCGCGAUGGAAAUAUGGAAUUGGUGUACAAGCUUAUCAAGGUCAUCCACUAUGAGCAAAAUGCUGAUUUACAGUGUCAACUCAUGAAUGGUUUGGGGCUUAACCUGUUUCUCGAUGUAAAGCUGAUUGACUAUCGCAAAUUCCGGGGCCAACCGCGAGGAUAUGUGAAGUUUUUCUACGACAAAUUGGAAGAUGGGUUGAAUGACACAUUCAAUGCGUGUUUGGAGCAUUUCGGAGAAAACAAAAUGGGAGUUUUUGACUCACUUCAGUGGCUUGAGGAUGAAUUAAUCUACGUUCAUCAAGAACUUAAUCCAUUGUUUCCUGAGACGUGGGGGUUGUCUGAAUUCAUUCAGAAUGUAUACUACAACAACCUUCAUAAAUUCACAAUCUCAGUAGUCAAUCUGGACCCGCCGGCGGAAGAUUUGAUGCGAAUUUUGGCUUAUGAUACACACUAUAAUAAGUUUAUUGGAUCUUUGCAAGCCCCUCCGUCUGAGGGUGAGAAACGACCAAAAUCGUUAAUUAAGAAGGAACAGCGGAGUAUUAUCGGCGACGAUCUCAAGACCUCGAUUCUUGAGGACUAUCUCAAAUUAAUUGUAUCCAAGAUGCAAGAAUGGAACGUCAAUUUGAUGAAUCGCGAGACGGAGGUUUUCACAAAACGCGAGGAACCUCCGGACAAGUACUUGUACCAGCAGAUUUAUGACGAUGAAGAUGCAAAUGAUCAGCUCAUCCAAGUGGAGAUUGAAAAUGAGGUAUACGUUCUUCCUGAUUUCAAAACGCCUCUCACCAUGCUCAAAGAACAAGCAGAUGUGGCUGCUGAUCUGGGAUACUCGAAAGUGCUUGUCGGUGUUUUGGAAAACUGGUCUCGUAGCUAUAUUGAACGCAUCCACAAUUAUCAGCGACUCAUUGAUGAUGAUUACGAAAGAUAUAUGCUGGUGUUCAACAAUGAUCGCUAUUUGGAAAGAGAGAGUACUGCAAGAAAAUUUUUUGGUGGCAGCUCUAAGCGUCAACAAAUAGACGUCGAGAAUAUGCUGCCGGAAGAACUCGACCAAAUAUCUCCAAAGGGGCUAGUUGAGUAUUUGGCAGCUUUGGGCAAUACUUACGAAAUCAACACUGAUCGCCUUCAAGAUCGGUUUUUGGAUAGCUACAAGGACAAAGUUCAUUCUGCUUAUCAUGGUCGUAUUGAGCAGGCCUUUGAGGAUAUUCUUGUGCCCACCACUGACUUAAAUGGGCGUGUCAUCAGUAUCCUUGUCGAUAUCAUUAUUAAUGAUAUCACGCCGGGGUUGUCACGCCUUUUUUCGAAACAGUGGUACGAAAACGAUGGUCAUCAAGCAGGUGGUGAAGACCCCUUGGCCACGCAAAUCGUUGAUACUAUUGCACUGUACUUGUAUGACUUACGUCUGUACUGUACCUAUGAGUUUUACUCAAUUACAACCCUGGUUCUUUUAUCGAGAUUCAUCCCCCUUUACAUUCGAGCUGGUCUUGAGAACAUCUUACAUGGCGAUGGUAAAAAGAUUGAUCCUAAUAAUAAGAAGAAAUUCCGGCUGUUCCCAGAAGCCAUUGGCAGAGAUGUUACCAUCUUUUAUGAGGGUCUCGUUUCGCUCUUCACUAGACGCGACUCACAUGUAUUAGUUGAACUGUUGCGAGCGAUCGAAUAUCUUGGAGAGAUCGGCAGUUGUCCGAACCCUAACGAGUUCAUUCCCGCAAUGUGGGAGAAUGAGAUUUUGGUGCAUUUCUACCUGUGCUCCGUUGAGUACAUUAGAGGCAUCUGCAUGUGUCGCAAAGAUAUGGACAAAUCUCAGAUCAAUGCUUUGGUAAACAAGUUGGAAGGCAUCCAACGCGACUACCACCUGAAAGUCGAACCACCUGAAUUCACUUUAGGCACAUUGACUGAAUUUACCAUCAGCUAG